CAGAGCAUGCGUUCGCUGGUGGCCAUGGACUUCACGGGCAGCUGCGGCCGCGUGGUCAGUGACCCGGUCGAGGCCAAGGCUAUCGAGCUGGCGGAGGGACACCACUUGCGGCGCACCAACGCCCUCAAGCGGCUCUCAGAGCUGGCCUCCGGCUCAUCGGUGCGUGACAUAGAGGGCGCCAUCCAUACCAUGCAGCCCUGGUUCCACGGCACGCUCAACCGAGAGGAGGCUUCGCAGCUGCUCCAUAAGCACAACGGCCGGGACGGUGUGUUCCUGGUUCGUGAGAGUCGCAGCAACCCAGUGGCGUUUGUGUUGUCGUUCGCGUACCGGAUGAAGCUCUACCACGCCCAGAUCAUGCCGGUGAAGGACACGAGUCAGACGCCGCCCACCUGUUACUACUCGCUGGACGGCGGCAAGACGCGCUUCUACGACCUGCUGCAGCUGGUCGAGUUCUACCAGCUGAACUCGGGCGUCCUGCCGACGCGGCUCGUCUUCUUCAUCACGCACGCCACGCCGGCGGCCUCGGCGCUCCGACACGUGGCGCAGAGCUUUUAACGCUCGCGCGGCGCACGGCCCGACGCGUGGCGCCCCCUCGUGACGUAGUCGCCGACCAUUGACGCGGUUCUAGUUACUCGCCGACGCGGCGGCGGCCGCUGAGAGUGGCCCGGCCGCCGCGCCGGCCGCUGGGAGCGUCGCUUGCUGCCAGUGCACCACUGCAAUAUGUCACCCGCCAGCCUGUCCCGCCCCGGCGCCGGCUGGCACGGUGGCCCCGGCGCGCCUGAUGCGUACAUGUAGCCUAGAUCGGACCAAAGAAUGUGGCCUGGCCCGACCGGUGUGACUGGGGAUUGUCUUGGGGCCUGCCGCCCGGCGGUUGGUCCCUGGCACUCUUGUAUUUUGUACAGACGGCGCGUACCCCGUGUGUUGGUGAGAGGCGGGGAUGCCCUCAGAGCACGUGUGAAGGAGAUCCUCCGUGUGGAUCGUGUACAGUGUACAUACAGUUGGGUGUGGCAGUGUGCGGGUGCGCGUGCUCGGGACGCUGGUGGCCGUGCUGGCCCCAGGUCCCGAUUGUGACCCGGCGUCAGGAUUACAGGGUCGGUAGUGUGGCGGGCGGGCGAGCGGGCGGCGGGACGCCGAGCCUACCACCUGGCGGUGCGUCGCCGCCAUCGCCCUUUCUCUUCUAGUCACUGGGUGGCGGCACGCGGCCGUUUGUACCGCGCGUGUUUUUGAGUGUUUUUUUCUGGGGGGGGGGGGGGGGGGAGACGCUAUGAGAGACGGAGACAGACGUAAUUACCGUAAUAACCUGUGGUUGAUGUUUCAAACAUUGUGCCCCAACUUAGGCAGCGCCCAUGGCGAUGCCAAGAGACAAAGGGGGAGAUAAUUCCAAUAAUUGAGUCGCAGUGGGAGUCGUUGACCUGGCUGCCUGGCAGCGUGCGCGUGUGGCGCGGGCAGCUGCACUACAGCUGUGGAGGCGGGCGGGCAGUAGUACUGCAGCCCGGGCCUUGCAGUGGUGUCGUGUCCCAUGCCACGGGUUCCGGCCCGGCCGGCCUCGUCGGCCCGGUCGGUGUCCCUCGGCAGGGGGCAGGGCAGGGGUGACUGAAGGUCGCCUUCCGAUCUCAUUGGCCGCUCUGCAGCCGCGGCGCAGUAUUCAGUUCGUGUAGAGGACUUGGUCGGGGCUGUCCCCGUACGUUUCUCCAGUCUCUCGUCAGAUAUGUUGCUGACAAACUGCUGUGUAAUCUCUCUGAACUGCUGUGUAAUCUCUCGAUCAAGUUCAGCGUUGCCCAAUGCGAUUGCGUUUUUGUGCUGCUGGGUUUAGUAUGUGUCCUUUCUUAUUGUUACCUUCUUAUUUUAUUGUUUCCAGUCAUGAGUCUGGCAGUACCCGCAUAAAAAUACAAGCUUUGCAAACAA